AUGAGUGGUCAUGUGGCUACGAGACGGAACAGUAUGGUUCAGAAGCGGAAUCCGUCUACCCUAAGGAAGUCUUCAGCUCCUCCUUCCGAGAAUGGUGCCGCCUCCAAUGGGGUGCAAACAAAUCCCACCUCCCCUCCUCACUCGUCUGUUGCUGGGGAGAGGACAGUGAAGAAGCUUAGGUUAUCGAAGGCACUUACAAUUUCCGAGGGGACCUCAGUGUCGGAUGCCUGUCGGAGGAUGGCAACCAGACGUGUUGAUGCUGUUCUGCUAACUGAUGCUAAUGCCUUGCUCUCAGGCAUUGUCACUGACAAGGACAUUGCAACUAGGGUUAUAGCUGAGGAGUUGAGGCCAGAGCAGACAAUAAUUUCCAAAGUGAUGACGAGGAAUCCCAUUUUCGUGACUUCAGAUACUUUGGCCAUUGAGGCCCUUCAAAAGAUGGUCCAAGGAAAAUUCAGGCACCUUCCUGUUGUUGAAAAUGGUGAAGUUAUAGCUCUGCUAGAUAUCACAAAAUGCCUUUUUGAUGCUAUAUCAAGAAUGGAGAAGGCCGCAGAGCAGGGGAGCGCCAUUGCAGCAGCAGUUGAAGGAGUGGAACGCCAAUUUGGAAGCAAUUUCUCUGCACCAUCAGCUUUUAUUGAAACACUUAGGGAGCGCAUGUUCAAGCCUUCUUUAUCUACUAUUAUUUCCGAAAAUUCCAGGGUUGCAAUAGUAUCACCUUCAGAUCCCAUUCAUGUUGCCGCUAAAAGGAUGCGUGAAUUGCGGGUUAAUUCAGUUCUUAUUAUGACAGGAAACAAGAUUCAGGGGAUACUUACUUCAAAAGAUAUUCUUAUGCGAGUUGUGGCUCAAAAUCUCUCUCCUGAGCUGACUUUAGUGGAAAAGGUAAUGACACAGAACCCUGAAUGUGCAACACUAGAGACAACAAUACUCGAAGCGUUGCAUAUAAUGCAUGAUGGGAAGUUUUUACAUCUUCCCGUUGUAGACACAGAUGGAAGUAUUGCUGCCUGUUUAGAUGUUUUGCAACUAUCACAUGCAGCAAUUUCUAUGGUUGAAAGUAGCUCUGGUGCUGUUAAUGAUGUGGCAAAUACAGUGAUGCAAAAGUUCUGGGAUUCAGCACUUAAUUUAGAGACAUCAGAUGAUUUUGACACUCACAGUGAGAUGUCAAUGUCUCAAUUCAUGGCAUCAGAUGGGAUGGAAUCAGGGAAGUCUGCCUAUCCAUCCCUUGGUCUUGGAAAUUCAUUUGCUUACAAAUUUAAGGACAAUAAAGGACGUGUACACCGAUUCAAUUUUGGCACAGAGAACUUAGAUGAGCUUGUUUCUUCUGUUAUUCAAAGGGUGGGCGGCAUCAAUGAGCAGCGCCCUCAACUUUUGUACGAAGAUGAUGAUGGCGAUAAAGUUCUACUCACAACAGAUGGAGAUCUUAUUGGUGCAGUUAGCUAUGCGAGAUCAGCGGGCCUAAAGGUUCUGAGAUUGCAUGUGGAGUACCAUGAUUCAAGUGGUGUUAUGACAAAGCCACAGUUGGAAACUGCCACUGUGGGCAGAGCUGGACAGAUCGCUCUUGGCUCUGGGAUUUUUGCAGGAGCAUUUGUUCUUACAAGCAUCGGUGUAUUGGUCUACUUAAAGCGCUCAAAAGCAUGA